AUGAUUCAUUGCAAUACAAACUUCAGAUUUCUUGUAAAUUUGAUGAAAAAAGCUACUAAAAGUCAAGCACUUACUGCCCAAAUGUCAGUUGCACCACGCACAGUGCUUCAUUUUUUGGUGGAAGUUGAAGCAGUACGACCGUGGGAGUAUGUAUUUGUUACAGGUUCAUUGCCAGUUUUAGGUGGUUGGAUACCAUCUAAUGCGUUCGUUUUAUUUCCGGAUCCGGACUCUGCUAGGCAACGUUGGGAAGGUGAAGUAGAAAUUGGAUUAGAUCCAGUAAAAUUCCGUUAUUUCAUUGGAUAUUAUUUGCACAGUGGUAAAAAAGAAGAGAAAAAUGCAAGUUUUUUUUUUUUUUUUUUUGAAUUGGUCGUUAGUAAAUGGGAAUCAUUUCUAAGUCCCAGAUCCGUCCUACCAACUGUUGAAUCAGUCUCAGGUGUAUGCCAUUUACAUGUCACCGACAAAUUUGGCUGGAGUUCCGGCAAGAACCUUGUAAGUGAAGCUUCACUUAUGGGAAAGAGUCAGAAUGAGAUUUUGCUUCGCUUUCACGGAAGUCCAUUCAAAUUCUGCAAGAAACGUUAUGCGGAACGUUCUUAUUGCAUUAAAGUGACACCGUUUGAUUUAAGACAUAGAGAGGCUGGCAGUGUAGAUGAUGAUGAUAAUGAAGAGAAUCAGGAUGUUAUGCAACCGAUACUACCAUCAUAUUCAGUGGCACAUAUUGCUAUUUUAUCAUCAGAUGAUCCACACUACCGCGAACAAUCGCCAUCCGGUGAUCGCUUUAAAGUGGACAGCGAUUAUUUUGUUUUCCGGACGCGAUCGGUGGCGGUGGAGUUUCUUGGUUUCCGGAUAGAAUUAUUUACCUAUGACGAACAAAAUGGACCGUCUACCGACCGUUUUGCGAUUGCAUAUGCACUGCCUUCAUCAUUCCACGGUACAUUUGGCGUUGCUGGUGAACCACUUUUGGUAAAUAAUCGCCCAGUUGGACAAAUUAAUGUGGAAUAUUUGUUCAUUCGACCACUUUUAAUAUCAUGUUGGACCCAGAAAAUGGAUGUCUCGUAUGCCAAACACUGGAAAAAGCGGCAACCUCUUGAAGUUGGUCAUAGGGGUAUGGGUAAUUCGUAUACGAAAAUGAAUGCAGGUCGUGAGAAUACAAUACAUUCGCUCAAUACCGCUGCAAAACGCGGUGCUGAUUAUGUUGAAUUCGAUGUUCAACUUUCAAAAGAUAAAAUUGCCGUUAUAUUUCAUGAUUUCCACGUUCUGGUCACUGUAGCAAAACGUCGGACUCCUCGUCUGGAAACCCAACCUCCUGAAGCUGCCAGUGAUUAUCAUGAAAUCGCUGUGAAAGAUCUAAAAUUGAAGCAGCUUCAGUUACUUCGUCUGGAACAUUAUAAAGCGCAGACUCAGACGAAGCAGAAUUACACAAAAGUAAGUGCCGAAGCAGAUGAACAAGAUGAACGUCUGCCGUUUCCGACACUGGUAGAUGCAUUACGUCAAGUAGAUUCAUCUGUUGGUUUCAACAUCGAAAUAAAAUAUCCAAUGAUGCAAAAGAAUGGAUUGCAUGAAUGUGAAAAUUAUUUCGAGCGCAAUGAUUACAUUGACAUCAUUCUUAAUGAUGUGUUGGGAAGUGCUGGCGAUCGUCGAAUUGUGUUCUCUUCAUUUGAUCCUGACUGCUGUGCUCUAUUAGCGGCAAAACAACAUUUAUAUCCAGUAUUAUUUCUUUGCGUUGGUGUCACAACUCGUUAUGAACCAUUUGUUGAUUUGCGUUCAUCAACUUCUAAUUCUGCUGUUAAUUUUGCUGCUUGUAUUGAUAUUCUGGGUGUAAAUUUUCAUACGGAAGACUUAUUAAGAGAUCCUUCGCCCAUACAACGUGCUCGAAAACUUGGUUUAAUAUCGUUCGUUUGGGGUGAUGAUCUUGAUAAUAAAGAAAAUAUUGAUUAUUUCAAAAAAGUACUUCGCGUCGAUGGCCUCAUUUAUGAUAGAAUUGGCGAAAUUGAGACACGUAGAAAUGUUUUUCUAGUGGAACGUGAAGCAAAAACAUCGUUAUUUCGGCAGAGUAAUUCGCCAACCACAUCUCGUACCGUUUCACUUGACGAAGGACCACCGUCACCAAGUGCAUCGGAAAAUUCUCAUUCCUCAGGAUCUACUAUUUCGUCGAACAAUUCGUUUUAUUUGAGUCAUUUACAAGCUUCUUUUCCUGCCAGAAAAAUGUCAAUUGCAUUAGAAGAUGUACAAGUGAACAAUAGCAAUGGUUUACAUGACAAAAAUCUUUUUACAUCAAAUAAUUGUCUGCACUCUGCUCCAUUUUCUUAA